AUGGGACUCUUCAGCGGCUUUUGCUGCUGUCUCCCCCGCUCUUCUGCCCCUACUCAGGACAUGGUAGAGCAAAGCCCCGCUCGGCCAGUACCUCUUCAGAGCGGACAAAAUGACCAGUCCCAGGACCAUACUCACAGCGGCACUCCCAAUGGAAUGGUCGCUUAUACUGGCAAUCUGAAUAUCAGGGACUAUCAGGGAUACACGCCUACCAUCCCACUUCCUCGGUAUACGCCUCGUCCCAUGAGUAUCCGGGAAAAGACCAUUGAGGGGCACAUGCGAUCUUCUUCGCCAGAGUUGGGGGUGAGAGCAGAAUCAGAUACAAGUGCAUCAUCCGACGAAAAACAAAGAUAUCUCUACGAGUACGACCAUCGGGACUCCCGCGACGGAGGCCUCACAGCCGACGACGUCUCCUCAGCAUUCUCCUUCCAGAGCAGUUACGGUAACACCUCCACUGCGACGCGGGAGACCCCGCCUCCGCCGUAUUCAGCGGGUGUCUCGCCUACGCCGUAUUCAGCGGGUGUCUCGCCUACGCCGUCGAGGAGGACGACUGUGUCUGUCUCAUCUGCGAUGUUGCGACAGCAGCAGAUGGUGAAUAUUGCGCAGCCGCAGCCGGUGUUUCAGCGGCCGGAAUGGAUGAUUAGGAGUCCGAGGUGUAGUGUUGAUAUUGGCGAGGAGGUUGAGGUGAGGAGGUUCUCGUGGGAGAGUCGGUAG